CGUGCCCCCACACGCGCGCCGCGUCUAACGUUACUGCGCCACCGUAUAGCUCGGUUGUUCUACGAUCGCGAUACCACGCGCUACAUAAAUUGUGAAAGUGUUGCUUAUAAAACGUGAUUUCUCGAGUGAGAGUAUAUUGCCGCGCCUAAGAACCAAGAAGACGUGACGCCCUCGCAACGUAAUAUCAGUGGAAGGGGAAUUGUCUCGUGUAUUUGAGCUUGGAGAGGGGUUCAAUGGAAGCGAGGUUCGUGACCUGCCGGAGUUUCCAGCAGAUCAAGCCGCCUGAGAAGAGCCUCGCGCCGUCCCCACCGACGGUGAAGGGGCUCCUGUCUCGAUUCGGGAGUCAGGCACAGGCUUUGUUCGCGCCCAAGAAACCCCGCUUUGGAUCGUCAGUCGCCAUACAUAAGCUCCGUGAGACCAAGUGGUUCAAGCAUGACGAACAAAAUAUAUUGUGCGCCGUCUGCGAAACAGGAUUCAUCCUCGAAGUGCGAGCCGAGGACCCACUGCCCCCGGACUCGGUACUGUCGCCAGACUAUCACAUGUAUGCAGUCGCCAUGUGGAAGAAGGGUAAAGAAAAAACAAAGAACCCGGAACAGAUAGAAGUGUACACAGUUCAACAGAAAGGUGUGAGAAAACGUGUCGUGAAGACCACACUCGGUGCCUUUUGGAAGAAGGACUCCGUGAUACGCAUCAACAAUGUGGACGAUAAACAGGAGACGCCGAACAACGAGAAAGAUAUCAGAGCAAAGCUGGAUAUGGCAACUAAAUCAAGGUUCGAGAGGAAUUGGCACAAUACCCUGCACUUCGUCCACUGGUGCAGAUACGGAGAAACUCCGCAGGAGGCUCGCAUGAGACAGAUAAGCGAGUCGUUCAAGUGGGGUAACGUCGGCAUGAAUAUGGGUGUGAUGCUCGUCAGUCAGAACUACGCUAGAGAGAAGGCUAAGUCCGUCUGAGUGUCAUCCACCAGCGGCACCCACUCCGCUGGUAAAUACUCCUGCUACGCCUGCUUCUGGCCAUCACCCAAGAAAAUCGACCACGUCUAAAAUGUUCCGGAACUUUUAUCUUACGUUCCCAGUUUCAACAUGAAACGUCAUGCGUUACUAUCGGUUUACGUUUGAAUUUGGAAUUGCAUUUCUGAUUUAAAUGUAGAAUUUAGAAUCCGAUUUGAAUAGAUCCUCAAUUCGGAUACACAUCCGCGUUGAAGUCACUUUCACUUCGGAACUUCGUGAUGAGAUCGGAUAUUUUUUUAACGGAUUUAUAUAUUUGAAUGUUCCUUUCUUAUGAAUUUCAUUAAGUGUACUCUUUUUGUUUCGUUGUCUUUCCUGCCAGUAUUUACUUUGACAACUUAGCUAGUAAUACUGUCUCUCUUUGGAACGUACUAAAUUCUAGGGGCAUCUUUCACAAAUUUUAAUACAUUUGGACCAAAUUCAACACACUUUAGACCCUGUUAUAGUUUAAAAAGUUUAAAAGUAGAUAGCUUAUUAGAUAGCGAAUGUAGUCUUCGAAAAAAAUCUAGCUAUAAACCGCCUAUACGUAUGUUAAAGAGGAAAUUGUGAAAGUAGCCCUCUCUAGCUUUAAUUCGGUCAUAAAAAUAUAUGAAGAAAACAUUCCUGUUGUUAAAACAAAAAGACGCCCCUCGGCUCGUAUGCUAAAUAUAAUAAAUAACUAUAAUGCUAAUAUUAAAGCUAUUUAAUAUUUAAUCUUUAUCUAUUUGAGAGUGGUAACCCUAGUCUUAUGAGUAUUUGUAUCACUCCUUCUGAUUUAAUAAGACUGUUUUAUUUUUUCCAAUUUGGAAUACGAUUUUUCGUUCGAAAUCGCUCAAUGUGAAUUGAAUUAGUCAAAAGAAAGUAUUGUUAUGUUGGCCAACCCUGUCGUUGGGUUGGCACUCUUGAAAGUAUUUUUAAUCUGUGUAGUUUAUGCGCGGUAAUAAUGUAAUGUUGAUUGUGACAGAUUGACUGUUGUGAGAGUUGUACUCGUGUAUGUUUAAACGUUCUAUUUAUAAUGAAGCAUUUUUAUGAAUAAAUGAUUA